AUGUGCGACUUCGCGCUGAACACCGAUGACCCCGCCUGCGCUGACCCGGUGAAUAUCGCGUACGAAAUUGUUCUUGGAAAAGGGCUGAACGUCUACAACCUCUACGUGCCAUGUGACACUGAUAAGCCACCACCACGGGAAACCACCAGCCAGUACGCAAUGGUGCAGCUUCUGACCAUUAUGGCCGGCCUGCAAACAUCGAACGGUUCCGUUGGCUGCUACAAUGGGGACAACUUGCUGCUCUACUACAAUAGGCGUGACGUCAUCAAAGCAUUGCACGUUGAGCAGUCUCCUCAAGCGUGGGUGCCGUGCUCACAAAGCCUAAACUACACUCAGCAGUACUUUACUAUGCGGGAAGUAAUCCAACAACUGGCUGAAUCUGGCCAACUCAAAGGCCUGAUUUACCACGGUGACGUAGACAUGGCCUGUCCUUUCCAAGGAGGUGAAUGGUUCACUCGCAGCUUGGGAUAUGAGACCACCUCGCCGUACAGGAUGUGGUACGCUGGACCAAUCAUUGCCGGUUUCGUGCAGACCUUCGGUAACAACAUCACUUUCGUCACCGUGAAGGGUGCCGGCCACAUGGUUCCCAUGGACAAAUCACAGGAAUCGCUGGUGAUGAUAUCCAACUUUCUUUCCAACCAACCGUUUGAAUGAAAAA